AUGUCUAACGGAAAUUCAUUGAGAGAAGUGCCCAUGUCACAUAAUGAGCAGUCUCAUUAUGUUCCCGCACAAGAGUAUGGAGCUACUCCACGAUAUCCAACCUCAGGCGGGUCUCUCGGAGCAGCCUAUUAUGGGUUAUCGGGCACCGGCAACGAUGACACUGUAAUCGUUGACCAGAAAAGUCUCAGCCGCGAUUCCCACGACUUUGCAGAGGGAGACUUUGUUUGUCCAGGAUUCUUCAGCCGCGUCGAUCUUGGUGGGUUCACCCGUCGCUUCAACCCUUCGCAAUGGAAUUACGAUAUGCGCCGCCAAGCCCAGUCCAUCCUUCCAUUCUUAUCUCUUGGCCCUUCAUCAUGUCUACGUGAUGCCGAUUACAUCCGCAGCCAAGGGUUCACACUACUCCUUGCUAUUCGAAGUCGUCACUCAGCCCUGGCACGCCUCGUCUCUGGCGAAAAGGCCGCCGCCGAGGUUGGUAUUAUGGCCGACACCGUUGAUGUCCUUGACAAUCAAGAGCUCAUUUCUGCAUUCCCACGUGCUAUCCGCCGCAUCAAUGAUCAUCUGGCUGGUGUGGAUGAGGGACCUGAUAAGAUGGCGUUCGAUGGUCAACAACAGAAACGAAAAGUCCUAGUCUUCUGCGAAUCUGGGAAUGAACGCUCAGCCAGUGUUAUCAUUGCCUACAUCAUGGUCAUGCUCAAUAUUCAGUCUGUAGAAGCCACCCACAUGAUUCAACAGCGUCGUUUCUGUGUCUCGAUCGAGGACAAUAUGAAAUACAUACUCUCGUCUUUCGAGUCUAUUCUUUCUGCUAAGCGUGAUGUUGAGCGUGCUAGGGGAAUUACCGUUCGUGGGGCUGCGAGUCUUGCGCCUCCACCUCCACCACAAAUGCUUACGAAGAAGCGAAGUUUUCAAGAUCAUAGAAAUGAUGAUCUUGCCUUGGAGGAGGGUGAAAUGGAUAUGGACAUGGAUGAGGGUGAGGACCCCUUCUAUGCGCGAAAGCCGAAUGCUCCCUUCCAAGACCGUGUGGUCUAG